AUGUCUCGAUUGACCAUGACCAUCUUGUUGGUGCUCGGAGCGAUCUACCUGGCGCAAGCAGACACGACGGCAACCGACAUCGUCGAAGAAGUGAAGAGUCUCCGUCCUUUUGAGCUCAAGCAUUCUUCUCUCGGAUGCCCUCUUCCGGUGGUUGGCGCGAGUUGCCCCGAAGAAACCCCAUUCUACUACUUCAAAUGCUGUGGAGAUCUUGCACAACAGUGUUGUUUCCGUCUUCAGGAAUGGGUGGUCCUCCUCUUGAUCGUCUUGGCGGUGCUUGUCGUGAUUUCGAUCGUCGUCAACUUGAUUCGUUGCCUUUGCUGCUAU